CAAGGGAUAACACUGUCAUGGCGGAGACUAGCAAAAGCAGGAUGUGAAUAGGAAGAGGUGACGCCGAGUGUGCUUUUAAACAGAAAUUUAAAUUGGUGAAGUGGCGCAUAGACAACUUUGAGCCACCACUCGUUGUCUGGCAAGCACUGCUUAGGUGCAAUCGGACUUUUGUUUCGGGCUGUCCUUGUUUUGGACUUUCCCACCUAGCUAGCUAGCGAGCUAGAUACGCUGGAUGGAUAUAGACUGUACGCUCAUUUUACCUGUCAGAUCACAGCAAGCUAGCUCUCUAGCUAGCUAGCUGUUACACCAGGAAGCUAGUGGCGCUGCUACGAGAGUAGCUGAUAUUCAAAAAAAGGAAAAGUCGCAGUUGUGUGUCUCAUUUUUAUCAAGGGGCAAGAAAAGACUUUAUCCUUAUCAGGUGUAAGAUUGUUGGCUCGGUUUUGCUAUAUUUUGCACAACUGGCUUGCAAGCUGCCUUGGAAUAACUAGCUAGCCAACUAAGAUUUUUAUCUUUCAACUUCAAGUUUCAUAGUAGGAGGUGCACAUUUAACGCAGGGCUUGGACUGAGAAGACCGAAUAGUAGCUAGCUAGUUAGCUAGCUGUUUGGCUAACUCUCAUGUUGGCGUUUUGGAGACUGGAAAGUGAGAGUCUAGCUACUGUACUACUGCCAUCAUGGUGGAAUUACAGUAGCUAGUCUACUAACAAGAAGAGAAGGGUCAAGAAUAUCUACUUUACUUUUUUGGAUUGACAGGAAAACAUAUCUUGUGCAUUUAUCAAUUGGAGAAUAAAAUACAGGCGGGGAUCGUUAUUUUCCCGUCAACUCUUCGGAUCCACGUCCUAGCCUGUUUCACAAGUGCCUUACAGGUGUGGACGCCACCUCGUCUUUUCGGUUUGAAAUGGCCAGCGAGGAGGUACCGGCUCUUGGACCAGCGGCAGGUGAUGGGGUAGAGAAAGAAGACGGAACUGCGGCGUUGCCCUUGAAUCCUGGAAUUCCUAUUCGGGGUAUUCGGAUGAAAUUUGCCGUGCUUGGUGGUCUGGUGGAAGUUGGAGAAGUUUCCAACAGAGAUAUUGUGGAGACGGUGUUCAAUCUGCUGGUGGGCGGCCAGUUCGACCUGGAGAUGAACUUCAUCAUCCAGGAGGUGGAGAGCGUGGACUGCAUGGUGGAGCUGCUGGACCGGUGCGAGCCCACCUGCCAGGCCGAGGUGUGGAGCAUCUUCAGCGCCAUCCUGAAGAAGAGCAUCCGCAACCUGCAGGCCUGCACCGAGACCGGCCUGAUCGAGCAGGUCCUGACCCGCAUCGACAGGACCGACUGCAUGAUCGCCGACCUGCUGGUGGACAUGCUGGGCGUCCUGGCUCGUUACAGCAUAACUGUGAAGGAGCUGAAGCUGUUCUUCAGCAAGCUGCAGGGAGAGAAAGGCUGCUGGCCUCCACACGCUGUGAAGCUGCUGUCUGUGCUGAAGUGCAUGCCUCACAGAACCGGCCCAGACUCCUUCUUCAGCUUCCCAGGGAAAAGUGCGGCGGCUAUAGCGCUGCCUCCCAUUGCGAAGUGGCCUUACCUGAACGGCUUCACCUUUCACACCUGGCUGCGAAUGGACCCGAUCAACAACCUAAACGUGGACAAGGACAAGCCUUACCUGUACUGUUUCCGCACCAGUAAAGGGCUGGGGUACUCUGCGCACUUUGUGGGGGGCUGUUUGAUCGUGACGUCCUUAAAGUCCAAAGGGAAGGGGUUCCAGCACUGUGUGAAGUACGACUUCAAACCGCAGAAGUGGUACAUGGUGACGAUAGUGCACGUCUACAACCGCUGGAAAAACAGCGAGAUCAGCUGCUUCGUCAACGGGGAGCUGGCGUCCUACGGGGACAUAACCUGGCUCGUCAACACCAGCGACACGUUUGAUAAGUGUUUCCUGGGGUCCUCGGAGACAGCGGACGCUAACAGGGUGUUCUGCGGCCAGAUGGGGGCGGUGUACCUGUUCAGCGAAGCCCUCAGUGCUGCCCAGAUCCUGGCCAUUUAUCAGCUGGGGCCCGGGUACAAGGGCACGUUUAAGUACAAGGCCGAGAGCGACCUCCUCUUCGCCGAGCACCACAAGACGCUGCUGUACGACGGGAAGCUGGCCGGCAGCAUCGCCUUCACCUACAACCCCCGGGCCACCGACACCCAGCUGUGCCUCGAGUCCUCGCCCAAAGACAACGCCUCCAUCUUCAUCCACUCGCCCCACGCCCUCAUGCUGCAGGAUGUCAAAGCGGUGGUGACGCACUCGGUCCAGAGUGCCAUGCACUCCAUAGGGGGCGUGCAGGUGCUCUUUCCCCUCUUCGCCCAGCUGGACUUCCUACAGCACAACAGCCAUGAGCUGGACACCUCCGUCUGCUGCACACUGCUGUCCUUUGUGAUGGAGCUGCUGAAGAACUCCGUGGCUAUGCAAGAGCAGAUCCUGGCCUGCAAGGGCUUCCUGGUGAUCGGGUACGCUCUGGAGAAGUCUUCCAAAGUCCACGUGACCUGGCCCGUGCUGGACAUCUUCCUGGCCUUCGCCCGUUACCUGGGCAACCUGCAGAACGGCGUCCCGCUGCUCAAACAGCUGUGCGACCACAUCCUGUUCAACCCCAACAUCUGGAUCCACUCUCCGGCCAAGGUACAACUGCCGCUCUACACCUACCUGGCGACGGAGUUCAUCAGCACGGCGACCUUCUACAACGCCAUCCGCAGGGUGGGCACGGUGCUGCAGGUCAUGCACACGCUCAAGUACUUCUACUGGGUGGUGAACCCCCAGGACCGCAGCGGGGUCACGGCCAAGGGCCUCGAUGGCCCCAGACCCAAUCAUAAGGAGAUGCUGUCCCUGAGAGCCUUCCUGCUGCUGUUCGUCAAACAGCUGAUCAUGAAGGACCACAGUGUGAAGGAGGACGAGCUGCAGAGCAUUCUGAACUAUCUGCUCACGAUGCACGAGGAUGACAACUUAAUGGAUGUGCUGCAGCUGCUGGUGGCCCUGAUGUCCGAACACCCGGGGUCCAUGGUGCAGGCCUUCGACCAGCGCAACGGGAUAAGGGUCAUGUAUAAGCUGCUUGCGUCUAAAAGCGAGGGGAUUCGAGUGCAGGCUCUCAAAGUGGUGGGCUACUUCCUGAAGCAUUUAUCGCCAAAGAGGAAGUCAGAAGUCAUGCAAACCCACGGCCUCUUCUCUCUGCUGUCUGAACGUCUCAUGCUCCAGACGAACAAGGUCACAAUGACCACCUACAACGUGCUCUUUGAGAUCCUGACAGAGCAGAUCUGCACACAAGUGAUUCACAAACAGCACCCUGACCCAGAUUCCAGCGUAAAGAUUCAUAACCCACAGAUCCUGAAGGUGAUUGCCGCACUGCUGAAGAACUCGCCUCAGAACCCGGAGAGCAUGGAGGUGCGGAGGGUCUUCCUGUCCGACAUGAUCAAGCUGUUUAACAACAGCCGAGACAACAGGAGGAGCCUGCUGCAGUGCUCGGUGUGGCAGGAGUGGAUGCUCUCUCUGAGCUACAUCAGCCCGCACAGCAGCGAGGAGCAGAAGAUCACGGAGAUGGUGUACGCCGUCUUCCGCAUCCUGCUCUACCACGCCAUCAAGUACGAGUGGGGCGGCUGGCGCGUGUGGGUGGACACGCUGUCCAUCACCCACUCCAAGGUAUCGUUUGAGCAGCACAAGGAGAACCUGGCGCGUAUGUUCAAGGAGUACCAGAGGCUGGGAGCGGAGGGGCAAGGCCGGAUCAGAACAGUCUCGGGGGCCAGCAGCGAGGCGGAGGCGCUCACCCGCUCCUCCGGCCUCCGCACCGUGGAGGAGAGGGCCCCGUCCGCCGUCAUCGAGCUUCCCGCGGAGGGCGGGGCGACCGCCACGGGGCCGGGGGAAGGCUCGCCCACGGAAGCGACCAUAACGGUGUCCGACAUCCUCAGCAGAGCCCCCGAGGAGGAGAAGCCGGAAGGGGACGAGGGUGGUUCUGGACCCUGCGCGGAUGCAGGAGAAGCUCAGGAGGCAGCAGUGCAUGCUGGGAAUCUCACAGAGGAAGCUGCCGCUGGCGAACGAGAAGAGGGAAGCAAGCAGGACACGCCGGUAGAGACCUCGGCCGACUCCAUUACAGACAGCACCAAAGAGGAAACUACAGUGGGAAAGACAGGAGAGGAUGAAGCUGUAGUUACGAAGGUAGAAGCUGAGGUUGAGAAGGAAGAAGCUGAGGUUCAGAAGGUAGAAACUGAGGUUCAGAAGGUAGAAGCUGAGGUUGAGAAGGCAGAAGCUGUGGGUGAGAAGGCAGAAGCUGAGGUUGAGAACGAGGAAGCUGAGGUUGAGAAGGUAGAAGCUGUGGGUGAGAAGGUAGAAGCUGAGGUAGAAGCUGUAGUUGAGAAGGUAGAAGCUGUGGGUGAGAAGGUAGAAGCUGAGGUUGAGAAGGCAGAAGCUGGGGUUGAGAAGGAAGAAGCUGAGGUUGAGAAAGCAGAAGCUGAGGUUGAGAAGCCAGAAGCUGAGGUUGAGAAGGUAGAAGCUGAUGUAGAAGCUGUGGUUGAGAAGGUAGAAGCUGAGGUUGAGAAGGCAGAAGCUGUGGGUGAGAAGGUGGAAGCUGAGGUUGAGAAUGUAAAAGCUGUGGUUGAGACGGUAGAAGCUGCGGUUGAAGCUGUGGUUGAGGAGGAAGCUGUGGUUGAGAAGGUAGAAGCUAAGGUUGAGAAGGUUGAAGCUGUGGUUGAUGAGGAAGCUGUGGUUGAGAAGGUAGUAGCUGAGGCAGUGGUUUCUGUUGAUGCGGUGAGCAGUGAGACCCAGUCAAAGGGAGAGGACCUCGAAGAUGAAGGCGUUCCUUCAGCCAAGGUCAGAGAUGACAGCCUGGAAGAUGCCUCCUACGUGUCUGCCAUUACGACCAUAGGAGAGGACGAGGAGGAUGACCAAAGUAGUGCUACUGGCAAGCCUUGUGAUGAAGAGGUGGUUUGCAAAAAGGAGGAGACCGUGGCUCAGGAGGUGGAGCCUGUGGCUGUAGAGGCAGAGCCUGUGGCUCAGGAGGAGGAGCCAGUGGCUCAGGAAGUAGAGCCUGUGGCUCAGGAGGUAGAGGCUGUGGCUCAGGAGGUAGAGGCUGUGGCUCAGGAAGUGGAGCCUAUGGCUCAGGAGGAGGAGCCUGUGGCUCAGGAGGUGAAGGCUGUGGCUCAGGAAGUGGAGCCUGUGGCUCAGGAGAUGAAGCUUGUGGCUCAGAAAGUGGACCCUGUGGCUCAGGAGGUGGAGCCUGCAACUCAGGUGGAGGAGGAGCCUGUGGCUGAGGUGGAGUCUGUGGCUGAGGAAGAGGAGCCUGUUGCUCAGGAGGUGGAGCUUGUGGCUCAGAAAGUGGACCCUGUGGCUCAGGAGGUGGAGCCUGUGACUCAGAUGGAGGAGCCAGUGGCUCCAGAGGUCGAGCCUGUAGCUGAGGCAGUGGUGCCUGUGGAACUGGAGGAGGCUGACCACCCUGCUGAAUCCACUGAGACAAUAGAGCCCCCGAGCACUGAGACAGUGCAACAGCAUGCUGAAAAAGAAGAUCUCCCCCGCACUGAGGCAGUGGAACAGUCCACUGAAUCUGCUGAACCCCCUGGCACCGAGGGAAUGGAACAAGCUGUCGAAACUGUAAAUCCCCCCAGUACCGAGGCAGUGGAACAGUCCACUGAAUCUGCUGAACCCCCUGGCACCGAGGGAAUGGAACAAGCUGUCGAAACUGUAAAUCCCCCCAGUACCGAGACAGUGGAACAGCCUGCCGAAACAGUGAACCCCCCCAGUACCGAGACAGUGGAACAGCCUGCCGAAACUGUGAACCUCCCCAGCACUGAGACAGUGGAACAGGUGGCCUCGCCAGAGAACGAAGGGGGCGAGAGCAGCACUGCCCAGAAGACCAAAGAGAUCAAGAUCGCCCGGCUGGACGUGUCGAGCGUGGCCUCGGACACAGAGAAGCUGAAACUGAAGGAGCAGACAUCAGCUGAGGAUGCCAGCGCCACUCCGGCUACCCCGACCGCCCCGUCCGCCGCGCCCACCGCUCAGGGGGCGGAGGGGGCUACCGCGGGACGCUCCACCAUGUUCCGCAUCCCGGAGUUCCGCUGGUCCCACAUGCACCAGCGCCUGCUGACGGACCUGCUCUUCUCCAUCGAGACGGACGUUCAGAUGUGGCGGAGCCACUCCACCAAGACGGUGAUGGACUUUGUCAACGGCAGCGAGAACGUCAUCUUCGUGCACAACACGGUCCACCUGGUCUCGCAGGUGGUGGACAACAUCGUCAUGGCCUGCGGGGGCAUCCUGCCGCUGCUCUCCGCUGCCACCUCCUCCUCCCACGAGCUGGAGGCCAUCGAGCCUUCCCAGGGCCUCUCCGUGGAGGCCUCGCUCACCUUCAUGCAGCGGCUCAUCGGGCUGGCCGACGUCAUCAUCUUCGCCAGCUCGCUCAGCUUCACCGAGAUCGAGGCCGAGAAGAACAUGUCGUCCGGCGGGAUCCUGCGGCAGUGCCUGCGCCUGGUGUGUGCCAUGGCCGUGCGAAACUGUCUGGAGUGUCAGCAGCACUCCAGCCUCACGGGCGGCGGGGAGAGUGCCCGGGGCCAGAGAGCCAUGCAAAGCCUCAUGGGAGCCGGGAAGUCUGGGCCCGCGCAGAGUCCAGUGGACAUGGUGACGGGGGGAGUGUCUCCCAUUCGGGACAUGGACCGGCUGCUACAGGACAUGGACAUCAACCGCCUGCGUGCCGUGGUCUUCAGAGACAUAGAGGACAGUAAGCAGGCCCAGUUCCUGGCCCUGGCCGUGGUCUACUUCAUCUCCGUCCUCAUGGUGUCCAAGUACCGGGACAUCCUGGAGCCCCAGAACAACCGGAGGCCCGUCCAGCGCUCUCAGUCCACGAGGAGCGCAGAUGUGGGGAGAGGCGGGGCGGGGCUGGAGCAGGAGGGUGGGCUGUCCCUCAGAAGGAGAGACUCCGGGAUUGGGGAGGAGCAGGUGUCCGUCGCCGCCGGCGAUGCAGAGUUCGGGGUGGGCGGGGCCUCGGGGCCGGACGCCAUCAGCGAGGCCCUCUCCACGCUGUCCUCGGAGGUGAAGAAGAGCCAGGAGGUCUCCUCCUCCUCCUCCUCGUCCUCCUCCUCGCAGGGGAAGAACGUCAACGUCAAAGACAUCCUGCGCAGUCUGGUCAGCGCGCCGGCCGAUGACAUCGUGGUGGACCCCGGCCUCCUCCCGCCCACCUUCCUGGGAGCCGUGGGCGACGCCGCCAAGGACCAAUCAGUGCAGUUUCGCUCCUUCGACAGGAGUGUUGUGGUCGCGCCUAAAAAGGCGGGGGGAGCACCAGCGGGGGCCACGUCCACCGCCAGCCCCGCCCAGGCUCCGGCUGGGACGCCCGUCAACAACGUCGCCGUGGUUUCCUCGGGAGAACCCGCCCACAGUGCCAGUGCUGAGUCCGCUGCAGCAGGGGGCGCCAGUGCGAGUCACAACCUGCCGGCUGUUCCCACAGUGCCCCCACUGGUCCAGGAGGACUCUGCGUCCAGCAUGAGCAUCUCGGAGAGGCUGGAGCACGCCCUGGAGAAGGCCGCGCCCCUGCUGAGGGAGAUAUUCGUGGACUUCGCCCCCUUCCUGUCCCGGACGCUCCUGGGAAGCCACGGGCAGGAGCUGCUCAUCGAGGGCACCAGUCUGGUGUGUAUGAAGUCCAGCAGUUCCGUGGUGGAGCUGGUCAUGCUGCUCUGCUCUCAGGAAUGGCAGAACUCCAUCCAGAAGAACGCGGGGCUGGCCUUCAUCGAGCUCGUCAACGAGGGGAGGCUGCUGAGUCACACCAUGAAGGAUCACCUGGUGAGGGUGGCCAACGAGGCCGAGUUCAUCCUGAGCAGACAGCGGGCGGAGGACAUCCACAAGCACGCCGAGUUCGAGUCCCAGUGUGCGCAGUACGCGGCAGAGAAGCGGGACGAGGAGAAGAUGUGCGACCACCUGAUCCGGGCGGCCAAAUACCGGGACCAUGUGACCGCCACCCAGCUCAUUCAGAAGAUCAUCAACAUCCUGACGGACAAGCACGGCGCCUGGGGAAGCUCCGCCCUCAGCCGCCCGCGGGAGUUCUGGCGCCUGGACUACUGGGAGGACGACCUGCGGAGGCGGCGGCGUUUCGUGAGGAACCCCUUCGGAUCCACGCACUCGGGGGCCGCGCUCAAGGCCGCGGCCGACAACGAGUUGAGAGUUAUGGCCCCAGAGGAAGAUGUCCUCAAAGGCAAACAGUCAAUCAGGAGUCAUGCUUUGGGAAAUCAAAACUCGGAGAGCGAGUUAUCAUUGGAUGGAGAUGACGAUACUUUGUCGUCGUUGGAGGAUAAAGAACUGGAAAACCUAACGGGGCCAGUGAACCUUAGUACUGGGGCCCAGCUGGUCGCGCCCGCGGUCGUGAUAAAAGGGACGCUGUCCAUCACAGCUUCCGAGCUCUACUUCGAGGUGGAUGAAGAGGAACCUAGCUUUAAGAAAAUCGAUCCAAAGAUUCUGGCCUACACCGAGGGCCUGCACGGCAAAUGGCUCUUCACCGAGAUCCGAGCCGUCUUCUCCAGACGCUACCUCCUGCAGAACACCGCCCUGGAGAUCUUCAUGGCCAACAGAACUGCUGUCAUGUUCAACUUCCCUGACGCCGCCACCGUGAAGAAGGUGGUCCACAGCCUUCCACGGGUGGGGGUGGGGACCAACUUUGGGCUCCCCCAAACCAGGCGCAUCUCGCUGGCCAGCCCCAAGCAGCUUUUCAAGGCCUCCAACAUGACCCAACGCUGGCAGCGCCGAGAGAUCUCCAACUUCGAGUACCUCAUCUUCCUUAACACCAUUUCAGGCCGCACCUACAAUGACAUAAACCAGUACCCCGUUUUUCCCUGGGUGAUCACCAACUAUGACAGCGAGGAGCUGGACCUGACACUACCCAGCAACUACAGGGAUUUGUCCAAGCCCAUCGGCGCUUUGAACCCCAAGAGGGCGGCCUUCUUUUCCGAGCGCUUCGAGACGUGGGAGGAUGACCAGGUCCCCAAAUUCCACUACGGGACGCACUACUCCACCUCCAGCUUCACGCUGAUGUGGCUGAUCAGAAUGGAGCCCUUCACCACCUUCUUCCUCAACUUCCAAGGAGGGAAGUUCGACCACGCGGACAGGACCUUCUCCUCUGUGUCCCGAGCCUGGAGGAACUGCCAGAGAGACACGUCUGAUGUGAAGGAGCUGAUUCCCGAGUUCUACUACCUCCCGGAGAUGUUCGUCAACUCCAACAACUACAACCUGGGGGUGAUGGAGGACGGGACGGUGGUGUCCGACGUGGAGCUGCCCCCCUGGGCCAAGACCCCGGAGGAGUUUGUGCGCAUUAACAGACUGGCCCUGGAGAGUGACUUUGUGUCCUGUCAGCUGCACCAGUGGAUCGACCUCAUCUUCGGCUACAAGCAGCAGGGGCCCGAGGCCAGCCGGGCCCUCAACGUCUUCUACUACCUGACCUACGAGGGCGCGGUCAACCUCAGCUCCAUCACCGACCCCAUGCUGAGAGAGGCCGUGGAAGCCCAGAUCAGAAGUUUCGGCCAGACGCCCUGUCAGCUGCUGAUUGAGCCACACCCCCCGAGGAGUUCAGCCAUGCAGGUGACGCCGCUGAUGUUCACCGAGCAGAUGCAGCAGGACGUCAUCAUGGUGCUCAAGUUCCCGUCCAACUCGCCGGUGGCCCACGUGGCCGCCAACACGCAGCCCGGCCUCUCCGCGCCCUCCAUCAUCACCGUCACCGCCAACCGCCUCUUCGCCGUCAACCGGUGGCACGGCCUGGCGGGACAUCAAGCGUCCUCAGUCCAGGAUCCUCAGUACCAGCUGCCAGUGGAAAUCGACCCUCUGAUAGCCAGUAACGUAGGGACCCAUCGGAGACAGAUAACUGACCUGCUGGACCAGAGCAUCCAGGUGCACACGCAGUGCUUCAUCAUCACUGCUGACAACCGCUUCAUCCUGGUGUGCGGCUUCUGGGACAAGAGCUUCCGCAUCUACUCCACCGACUCAGGGCGGCUGACCCAGAUCGUGUUCGGGCACCGGGACGUGGUGACGUGCCUGGCCCGGUCCGAGUCCUACAUCGGGGGGGACUGCUACAUCCUGUCGGGGUCCCGCGACGCCACGCUCCUGCUCUGGUACUGGAACGGCAAGACCUGCAGCGUGGGGGAGACCUCCAGCACAGAGUUUGUGACUCCCAGAGCCAUCCUGACGGGCCAUGACUGCGAGAUCACCUGCGCCGCCGUGUGCGCUGAGCUGGGCCUGGUCAUCAGCGGCUCCAAGGAGGGGCCCUGCCUGAUCCAUUCCAUGAAUGGGGACCUGUUGAGGACCCUUGAGGGCCCCGCGAGCUGCCUGAGGCCCCGGCUCAUCCAGUCGUCCACAGAGGGCCACUGCGUGAUCUACUACCACCAGGGCAACUUCUGCGUGUUCAGCGUCAACGGGAAGCUGCUGGGACACAUGGAGGUGGAGGAGAACGUCAAGACCAUGCUCUUGAGCCGGGAUGGGCAGUACCUGCUCACGGGGGGAGAUGGAGGGGUGCUGACCGUAUGGCAGGUCCAUGACCUCAAACAGCUCUUCACCUACCCUGGCUGCGAUGCAGGGAUCCGCUCUAUGGCUAUGUCACAUGACCAAAGGUGUAUAAUCACUGGCAUGGCGUCUGGGAGCAUAGUGCUGUUCUACAACGACUUCAACAGGUGGCACCACGAGUACCAGACGCGAUACUGAGGCCUCGGCCGCAAUCCUGCCAUUCGCCUGCGGGGGCACUACUACAUCACACCUGCUGAAACCUGAAUGUAACUUAAAUAAUAUCAAAAGAAGCAAACUAUUUUUAAAACGCUCAUUGCUAUAUUUUGUAGAUCUUACAGAAUUUCAUAUAAAUGUCAGAUGUUGUAGGGGCUCGGUUAAUGUAGUAUGUGGGGUGGGUGGUGCAAAAUGACAAAAGGUCUAUUUUUAGCUGUGAACGUUCUAUUUUCAGCUACGAGCUGCAAGGCUAAUGAGGGUUUGAGGGGUCAAUUAGCUGAUUAUAUUUGCAUCUGUUGUCUUAAAAAUAUAUAUGCUUCUACGGUAUUUGUGUACUUUGAGGGGAAGUGGUUUUAAUAACGUGAUAUCAAGGAAAAAUGUGUUUAAUCGGUGAACUUUUUUCAUGAGUUCUCUCCUGCUGUGUAUACUACUGAAAGCACCAGAGAAAGAGCUGCACUCAGUCAAAUAGGUUUUGCACGCCGUCUGGCUGAAUGUGGAAAACUAUGGUGAUUGACAAGGGACUUGCUCUAUUUUGCAUAUCAAUUUUGCUUUGACCUCAAGGUUCCCUUUUGUAUUUUUAUAUAUAUAAAUUAUAUAUAUAUCUUGCAUUUCUAUUCUUGAUAUGCUCCUCAGAUGAUAAUCAUGAAGUUUCUGAAGAGCCGGUUUUGAAUCGAUUUUUUGUUGUUGAAGGUAGUCAAAUAUCGCCACGUGCGCGAGAGUGCGUAGACUCUGCGUACACUGUGGCUGAGGUGCGUUUCGUACGGUGUGCGUGCGCGGGUCUAACCACGUCGGAGAUUUAUCCAUGCACCGCGCUCGUUUGUUAACCUGAAAGGAAGCGGCGCGGUCUUUUUGAGUCACAUUUCGUUGUCAUUUCCUGUGCCCGCCUCCCACUGUUUCAGCGUGUAAAUGUGAAUCUGGCGUGUGACCCGCGGUGACGGUUCAGGGGAAAGCGUCCCUGGUACCGGCUCUUAGCGCAGCCUGUACAGCAGGAGGCCGCUGUCUUCUGUCUUCUGCCUCGGGCGAUCAGAAGCAGGAAGUGAGGUCCGUGCACUAAAGCCGCUACAGUGCCGCGUCGCGUUCUGAAGAAGGGAUUCGCCGCUGCACGUCAAACAGAGCGAGCGAUGAGCAACGAGAGUCUCGCCGCAGACGACUGCUCAAACCAACGGUUGAGAUGAACCAAUGAGAGCGUUUGCCACAGGGGGCGGAGCGUUUUGAUUGGUCCGCAAAGCCUUGCUUUCUCAUCGUUGACUAAAGACAUUCCAUUGGGUUAUUUCAAUUCAUGAUCAACAGGCAGAGCGCUGCAUAGCACCACAGACCCUUUUCCCACCAAGCGUAGCCUAGCUGUUAGCGCUUCUGAUGGCCUAUUCAAUAAAACACACCUAGCGUAGCCUACCUGUUAGCGCUUCUGAUGGCCUAUUCAAUAAAACACACCUAGCGUAGCUAACCGCUUUUUGCUUCUGAUGGCCUGUUCAAUAAGACACAUCUAGCCUAGCCUACCUGUUAGCGCUUCUGAUAACCUGUUCAAUAAGAUACACCUAGCAUAGCCUACCUGUUAGUGCUUCUGAUGCCCUGUUCAAUAAGAGCACAAACUGCCUUGUACUACUCUGCCCUGUUGAACACCCCUCAAAAAUACUGUGUUUUUAUCUAUCUAUCAUAAAAUAUUUUGGUAACUGAUUUUGGAAUGAGACGUCAUGAUUUUUUUUCAUUUUUUUUUGUGAGUGGUGAUUUUGAACAAUAAAAACAAAUGCAAUAGAAACUGUGA